AUGGUCCAGUUUGCUCCAGCAUGGGCUGACGGGUUGGGAUCCCGGCUGGGGGGUCGACGCGUAUCCGGAACCCCGGUUGGGAGUUCUAGGCGCUGUCGGGGCGUCCUCAAUUCGUCUCACCUUCCAGGCACGAGGCCUGGACUCAUCAUCGUCGCGUUGGGGGUGGCCAUUGGAGUUUGUGGUGUACACUUCGGCUCGAUGGUCAUCCCUCGGAACAUUCUCAUCUUUGUAAUGUUACUAGUCGUUUGGUCCUCGGAAUCCCACAAUUCCACUGGCAGCCCACACUUGUUAAUAAAUUCCCAUUUCCACUUGCGUAUGCUCUUUUCAAAGUAUGAAAGAAACGGGAGUAUUUGCGUUCAUGGUCUCGACAAACUUAUUUGGAAUAUUAGGCACCCGGAGAGACAGUGUUUCACGGCUAAGGACAUCGUAAAAGGCACAUUGAAAGCAGAUACGCUAAAGGAAGUCCUGCCUACACUUGUUUAUGAUCUUGUUGAUCACAACUGCUCAAUGGUUUUGGAUGAUCAUCGUGACCAUCAUGACCACCAUGAUGAGCUAGUCCCUCGCCAGGAUUGGAAGGUUUGGGGUGCAAGCAUCGGCGCUGUUGUCGUUAUAAGCAUAUCUGGCCUGGUUGUUGUCGCACUCGUCCCGUUGAUAUCGAGGAAAAUAUUCAGUGUUGUUGGGCAAUUUCUUAUCGCAUUAUCUGUCGGUUCUCUGAUUGGAGAUGCAUUUUUGCAUUUGAUCCCUCACGCUCUUUUGUUGGACGAAACAGGAAGCCAUGGUCAUUCGCACCAUUCUCAUGAUGAAGAAGGUACUAGUCAACAUGACGCGUUUGUGUGGAAGUCAAUGAUUGUCAUUUUGGGCAUCUACGCCUUCUUUUUAACGGAACGCCUUACCAUCAUUGGUCAAAACAGCACUUUUAUGCGCAAAUUGAGGCGCAAUCAAAAACUAGCUUCAAAACCUGUGGCACCUGAAGAGAUGUCCGGUCCGGUAGUCAAUGCUGGCGCCUCCUUGCCGAACCGAUCAUCUAGCAGUACACCACUUACUCCGAGCACUCAGCCCUUUGUCAAUUUGAAUCACCUCACAUCCGAUCAAAACGCCUGUGCUAAUCUCCUUGGUGAUGCGGAUGGCUCUUGCGGUAUGACUGAAAUGUCUGCAUCCAGCCACCUCUGCAACCGCCCACCCUCCAGGCCUCUUAGUAACGCUCAGUGUUCCGAAUUCCUCACCGAUGGUAAGGGCACUAUUGCCAACGGUUUGCAAGGGCAUGUAGAGAACAACCGAGCAGAUCUGCUGCUUUCUCAACAGUCACACCAACUCAAUCUCGGUGUUACUAACAAUGCUGUCUCCUUGACUCUUGAUGAGGGUGCAGGUGAUCCCUUGAAACAGACAAAAACUGACAGCGGCGAUGAUUUGGGGGAGACACGAUCGCUGGACAAGAGUUACCAUGACGGCGAUCAUGAGCAUCAUGAACACGGUCACCGUCACCACCACCAUCACCCGCACGGCCACGGACACCACUACAGGAAGCCCCAUGGGCACCACCACGGCCACAGUCAUGAUCUGAGCUCGGUGAAGGCCAUCGCGUGGACCAUCAUUGCGGGUGAUGGGCUGCACAACUUUUGCGACGGUAUCGCCAUAGGCGCCUCCUUCGCAGAGAGUCUUCAGGGCGGUCUUUCUACCUCACUGGCCGUCCUCUGUCACGAGCUACCUCACGAGCUCGGGGACUUUGCAGUUCUGCUGCACGCUGGCAUGUCGGUGAAGGCAGCUCUUUUCUACAACACUCUCUCAAGUAUCCUCUGCGCGGCUGGCAUGGUGCUUGGUGUCCUGCUUGGCUCUAUGCCCUCAGUAAAUCUUUGGCUCUUCCUCAUUACCGCUGGCAUGUUCGUCUACAUCGCACUUGUCGAUAUGAUGCCGGAGUUGGCAACCACUCACUUGAGCGGUCACCCUCACUGUCACACUCCCAGCAUCUUGUUCUUUUGGCAAAAUGUUGGCAUGAUCAUCGGCGUCGCCAUCAUGCUGAUCAUAGCGAAGUUUGAAGGAGCUAUGUGA